AUGUCACAGCGCAAUGGCACGGCCCAGAUCCCGUUCUUCAUCACCGCGGCCAUGAAGGUCGAGCUCAAGCAGCUCGGCUACACGGACGACGACAUCUACCGCAUGCGCGUCGACGAUGCUCACAAGUAUGUCAAGAAUGGUACGCGCAAGGGCGCGGCGCCGGCCAAGAAGCCGUCGCUCGCCAAGCGGUUCCUCGGCGGCGGCAGCGCUGCGAGCGCGACCGACAACGACGAAGCCGCCGACAUUCCGCUCAUGGCCAUCGUGGCGGCGGUCGGUCUUGCGUGCUUCAUGGUCUACUUGCACCUCUUCUAA